AUGUCAGACGAGUCAGAGUCAGUUCAUCAAACAGACUCCGGUUACGCAUCACUCCCAAAAGAUGAGAAGAAUGCUCAGCAGCAACAGACAGAGCAGCAGGGCAUCAAGGCAAAUGCCCCCUUGGACGACGCCAAUACGGUCUAUUCCGGUGAUUCUUCAAUGAGAGAUGAUAAGAAGCACGCAUAUAUCCUGAAGUUUGCUAAGGUAGUGAUUCGAGAGCUCUUUUUAGGAAAUGGCAACAACGAUAUUAUAGAGAUACUUUACGAAAAGCUUCCUGACGCUAUUCGCGCCUUCGCUCUGAGGAUCGGUGGGAAAAACUCCACACAGGAUCACAGAGAUAUCAUGUAUUUCAUUCAUAAACACAGAAGAAGCAUCGCCGAGGAGAUUCGCAGAAUUCUGGGUGAACAGGUUCCAGAUGAAAUCGAGACCGCAAGAAGCACAACUCCGCUUCCCAUCCUCCAAAAUCGGCUGGACGAUUGGUUUCAACGAUUGGAUAACUUUCAAGAAAUAGAGUCCAUGGAUACGAACGAAUCACAUGUACUAUCUGAGCCACCAUCCCCGGUAUCUGUUGUGAAUCUCUUUGACAAAGAUGAUGACGAAGAUGACGAAUGCAACGCAGAGACUGUCGUACCGGAGAUGGAAAUAUAUACGAGAAUCGUAUCUUCCAACGUAGCCUACAGGUGGUUAAUGGCGAAUCUGAAAAGAGAUAUUGGUAUGAUGACAUUCAAAGACAGCGCCACAACGCGGAUCUCCAACGAACUUCUCAGCUCCAUAGAGCGACCUCGAAGGAUCAGCCGCCACAAAACCCCUGACACCGAAAUUGUAACAUUCACAGUGGAAUGGAACCCGAAGGGAUUCUUGGAUGCACAGUUCUCAAACCAGGAUUUGAAUGGGCAUACAAUCAGCGAUACCAUCACUUUGACUGGUUCUUUUCGAGACGCAUUCGCAACCUCCUGUCGGGACUACAUGAAGCUCAUGUGGCCUAAUACAGGACUCUUUAUGGCAUCUUUGAUUGAUGAUGUUUCUUCAGCCCCAAUGGGGGCACCGUAUAGUUACGAUCUUGAAGACGGCAGUCAGGCGACUGCAUUAAUUACAGAUUCUGAGCUCCAAGUCCGAAUCGAGGGAGGUAUCUACACUAUAGUUGAGAUCGCAGAGCAACUUGGAUGGCUGGGAUCAGCCUUGCACAUUUCACCAUAUGGGUCUGGGGUUGCCGGGUGCACGCCUUACGUCCGCCAAAUAAUUCAGUCGUCAAAGAAUCCGGCGUUUGAUGAACCACAAUUACAAGAGUACUCUUGUAGACUCGGUUUCAAUUUGUCAAGGGUACGGAAUCCAGCAUCCGAGCGAGAGGGUGAAUGCUGGCACAAUCUUUUCCGGAACCCCACGAUUGCUAUGACGUACCCUAUACCCCAAAGAGAGACAGACGGAUCUGGUCUGGAGCUUUCCCUGGAAAUGAUGGCUGCUCUUAUCCAGACAAAAGAGGUGCAGAUGUUCAAGGACACUCUUUUUCUGAAGGGGUUCUCGACGAUGUUGGCACUCACUUGGAGCAUGGGUAGUGAACUCUUGUGGCAUCUUAGUUUCGACAAGCAUGGCGAACAUAUCUCUUAUCUUGAUGUCACGCAUCAAUGCUGCAGAAACAUCAGUAUCGGGCACAUGGAGCAUUCACGGCAUUUCGUUGGAUGGUGUUCUCACGUCAAAUAUCUCGCGGGAUCUGGUGAGGCAAAUUAUACCAUUGGAAGAUCACGACUUCCAAUGACUGGUAGCGGAUGCGCUUUGGAAAAGAUAUCUGUGACAGGUGGCAAGAUUAUCUCGGCGGGGGCAACAUUCGCAAUCGGCAACAAAGACCGGCCGGUACAUGUCGCAAGAGAUGGUUACAUCCCCCGUCUACAAUGGAUCUCCAAAAAGCACGUGGUUUUCUGGGAUGAAGCAGAUAAGCGUGGAUGGCUAGUGAAUGGAACCAGCGCACUUCUCCAUCUUGUUCGAGCCUCUCUCGAGAUCAAUAAGGCCGACAAGUUCAGCAAAGAGUUUCUGUUCAAGUCAGAGCUGAUGGAGGCCGCUUCCACACCCCACACAGCCGACUCGGCUAUCGAGGAGCUGCUGAAUCGACGAAAUAUGCAGCUCAGAGUAUAUCCCCAUGCGGUAGAGCACUACGAGGAAAUAAGUGAAUCAGACCAAUCGAAAACGACAACAAAGCAAAAGAUCUCCUAUGUUCUAUUCCAAGACCGCGUCAACCACAUAUUCAAUGUCCUGGAAAAGCUCAUCGAUCAUCAGACUGAUGUAUCCGGUCAGAACGGAGUUAAGCUUAAGCUUCACAUGCGCAGCCGACUAGAAGGAUGGGACUUUAAGGACAUUGCCAGCGACUGUGACCCCUUUUAUCCACAUGUAGCGACGCUGGACACAAUGGGGAAAAGUUGGGUAGAUUUUGUCCGGAGUAUCCAGGCCAUAACGCUUCUUGGAGAUGGAUUUGGCCACCUGUUAGACCCAGUCGCAUCACAAAAUCUGUGCUCUGGUUGCGCCUUGGUUCCCAAAGGCCGCUAUUACCUCAGUGCAGGGGUGAGGGAUCUUGAGGAAAUCAUGGAACUACACGGAAAUCCACAGAGCCAGCCUGCCCUUUUGUGCGAAGGUGUAUACUGGCACCAGGAUAAAGCCAGUUUCGACGAUUGUCAAAGUAACUCAGGAAAACACCAAGAUCUUGCGCAGGUCUUGAUGUCCAGCAAAGCCACAGCGCGAGACUUGUUCAAGGCGAAAGCAGCCCCACGGUCCAUACCGCAAGACGGUGCUGUCAUCUUCGGCCAUAACUCAAUCCUGAAAUGGUCUUAUCAUGACCAUGGAGAGCCUUCUGUUUCCGAAGAGACCAAUCCUUACAUGCCCGAAGAUCCGUCAUUUGAGCCAAAUUAUGACCUGUGCACGUCAAUUAGGCAUCAGGAUAGUGGGCUUGGCUCUAGCAACAGUGGCGCAAGUGACAGCCAGUCGCAACCUAGAGCUCGUUUUCCAGAUAGUCAUUCCACCACGAACUAUCGAGGUUCUCUGUCAGGGGAUCAACAAUCUCACAAGAAUGACCCCAAAGCUCCAAAACGACGGCUAGAUGAUUUGUAUCAGCCACCACCAUUAAGGAUGAGGGAGACCGCUUCGAAUGUUGAUGAACCACACCGUAAUGCCAGACACGUUGCACGAGAUAAGAGAUAUCGAGAGAGGCGCCGACGCCGAAGUUAG